CCCACAAUGCCUCGCACACAACGACCGGCCGUGAGAGGAGAGAAGAGGGCGGAGAAGAGUUUGCGCUCCAUCCAUGGAGCUUUCCUCCGCAGCGCAGUGACGCAGAGGCAGCCGCAGACAUGGUGAAGGAUCAGGAAGUGGAGCGCAUCGCCAGGAAGUUGGAUAAAAUGGUGCAGAAGAAGAGCAUGGACAGUGCUCUGGACCUGCUGAGAGAACUGAAGAACAUCAAGAUGUCUCUGGAGACGCUGCAGUCUACCAGAGUGGGUAUGUCGGUGAACGCUGUGAGGAAACAAAGUUCAAAUGAAGAAGUUCAGACUUUAGCCAAAACUCUCAUCAAGUCCUGGAAGAAACUGCUGGAUGGUUCAGAGGAGAAGAAAAAGGACAGCUCUCCAGUCAGGUCUUCAUCCACCUCCAAGGAUUAUGGCAGCAGUGAAAAAGGCAGUAAAUCUUCUGAGGGGCCCCCAUCCACCCCCACUUCCCCAACUACCACCACCCUCUCUCAGGUCACCUCCUUCCCCCCCGCCCCCGUAACCACGGACUGCGUGAGAAGCAAGUGUCGAGAGCUGCUGGUAGUGGCGCUGCAGACGGACGAUGACCAUAAGGCCAUCAGAGUGGACUGCGAGCACCUGGCAGCUCAAAUCGAAGAACAGAUCUUCCAGGAGUUUAAGUCGACAGACAUGAAAUAUAAAACCCGUCUACGAAGUCGAAUCUCCAACCUGAAAGACCAGAAGAACCCAGAACUGCGCCGCAACGUACUGUGUGGAAACAUCUCGCCACAUCGCAUCGCCUGUAUGACUGCUGAGGAAAUGGCGAGUGCAGAGCUGAAGCAGAUGAGAGAGGCUCUGACAAAAGAGUCAAUCAGGGAGCAUCAGCUUUCCAAGGUUGGAGGAACUGAGACGGACAUGUUUAUCUGCAGCAAGUGUCAUGGAAAGAGCUGCACGUACACGCAGGUGCAGACCCGCAGCGCUGAUGAGCCCAUGACCACUUUUGUUUUGUGUAACGACUGCGGCAACCGAUGGAAGGUAGAAUGCCGGUUCCCACCGUAGACCUGCCCAAGGCUGGAAUGAAGUAAACGACGACCACCAUGAACUUGGUGAGGCAUUGCAUUUGAUUAUUCAGAAAUUUAAAAUGGUCAUCAGCUGCUCUCGGUCUGGAGCAAGAUCUUGCCUCAUGGGGAGAGGAUGAUCACAAGACGAUGGACUGAAAUGUUCAAGCAGGCCCAUCUGACGUUUGCAGUGAACAUCUAAAUGAUUCAGGAAAGCCGGGUGAGCAAGUGCUGUGGUCAGAUGAAACCAAAAUGGAACUCAGCUCUACCCACCGUAUGACCCAAAGAACAGCAUCCUCACCGUCUGGCAUGGAGGUGGAAACAUGCUUGAAGUUGUUUUUCUGCGUGUACAGGACAUCUUCAGAGCACAGGGCCAUGUACCAUUAAAAUCUUGGACCAGAACCUCCUCCCCUCAACCUGAACGCUGAAGAUUGGUUGUGGGUGGGUUUUCCAGGAAGACCUUAAACAUAGCACCAAGAGAACCAAGGACUGGCUAAAGACGAAGAACCAGAAUGGGGUAUUAUGAACUGUCCUCGCCAGUCUCCUGUCAGGUCGAUGAAAAGUCUGUGGUGAGAGUUGAAGCUUCGAGUUAAUGCAGAAUAUUUUGUCUUCUUUAAAAUGAACCAGAGACCAUUUCUUUUUUUUGUGGGAAAACUUUCAUCACAUAAUGAUUUCUCUCACUGUAAUUUCCCCAAAGACUUGUUAGACUGAGUCAGUGGCAGUAUGAUGUCAUCAGCACUUGGGUUUGAUUCUAAUAACUGACCAUGUGUUGUGUUUUCAGUCAUUAUGUAGGCUGGACUGGCUUCCAAUCUGAAAAAUGUUGUGAUUAAUACAAACUGAGAAGGAUUCGGCUGGUUUAUGUGCCAUCUGAAGAAAAAAAAAAAAAAAAAAUCUUGAUGGUUGUUUAGCUGAGUGUGAUUUUUUUUUUUUUUUUAAUUUUAUUUUUUAGCUCAUCGAGACGAACGAACAAUGACCUCGUGCAGCGUUGAGGUACCAGCAUUGUCUCUCCAUUCCUUCACGGUUAAUCUUCACUGUCGGUCAGUGAAAAUGAGAUUAAUUUAUCCUCACACUAUUUGCAGAGUUACUCUAAUCCUCUAUUUAAUGGAUUGUAAUUCCCAUCGUUAGUUUGUGCAAAACAGUCAGCGAGUGACAACAAACCUUCUUCCUCUACUUGACUGGUUACAGUACCAGUGAACCCUGGUGAUUGCUAAUCCUGGUUAUAAUCACCCCUGAAGGUGUUCAGUGCCUCAAAUUCAACACAAAUGUUCACACAGACUCAGGAAAGGUUUUUCCACCGAGACUUCACAAAUCUUUUUCAGGCUAUAACUGAAAGGAGCUUUAUGCCCCAAAAUGUCAAGGACAAGUCUAAACAGAUGGGGCUGGUUGGCUGAUAGGCAGAUUAAACAGAUCUGUGAUGUGGCAGUCUGAUGCAUAUCUAACCUGGCCUGGACAGACCAACACACGCUCACUUUCGAGAAGUUAAACAGUAUUCGUCUAAAUAAAUGUGGACGUUAACACUGUUCCACCAAGCUUCCAGCCAAAGACAGAAUACUUAAACAAAGAGCAGAGGCCUCAUGCUGUUUUUCUAAAUGCUGCUGGUGUUUGGAAGUGUGUUGACGGGUAGGAUGAAGAGUGGUGGGAAAGCAGAGCUGAGAAGGAUCCUGUUGUGUUUGUUGUGGAAACACCGCUGAGCUCUUCCCAUACAUGAGCAUGAAGAGAGACAGAGAAAACAGAUUGAAUGUUCCAUGUGAUGAAAAAACUAACAGUUUACAUUUUUAAAAACUUGCAAAUUACACAGGAAAAAGAUGUACAAAUGAAUCUUUUCAUAGGUCUAUUUGUGAGAGAACAUAAUCGGUGCUCAAUGGAAAAAGUCUGAGAUGAUAGAUUUCAGGAAGCUGGUUCAUUAUUUUCUGUGUUCAUGGAAACUUUAUUGAGUUGUACUCUUGGCUCCUGUUGUGCUCUCAGAACUGUUUAUAAGAAAGUGUCUGACCUUAACCCAGCAGCAAAGAAGUUGUGUCCUGGACUCCAAAGAAUUCCCCUCGUUCAAGACACGACUCUGAGGAUCAGGAUUCUUUCACAGAGUCAUUCAAACCAGGCAGCAGCAGAUUAGUGACUGACCUCGAGCGGUGGACGGACACGUUUGCUUCAUUUUAAGCUUCUUCCUGUCGUACGAUGGUGUUUGUCUCCUUCCUUCACACAGCGUGACCUUUACUGGGAACAGUUUAACCCUUACCCUCCUGCUUCCUGUGUUGAUGAUUUUAUAUUAGCUCUGUAGCUAACCGUGACCUAAAGUUCUAUAUAUCCUGACCUUUUGGACUAAAAUCUAAAACCCCAGUCAGAGAUAACAAGUAUCGUGAUUACCAGCCUUCUCUGUUAAGCUGGGCUCAUAAAAAAGGUAUUUGACACGUCACGUCAGUCUUGUUUCUUAUCAAAUGAUCCCUGUGAGCGCCCCCUGCUCAGAUGCUUUAUCAGAUGAUGAGGAUAAAUAAAAGUACAGCACCUCUGGAAAAGAUAAAAUCUAAUAGUAAAAUAAUCUGACAGCAGCAGAAACUGGUUCAUCUAAAGAUUUGAAUUAUUUUGCGUCUGAAUGGACUCGGUGCUGUUUGUUUAAAGCUGUGAGACUUUAGACGGUAUCAAUGGAAACAUCGAAGCUUCCUGUCCCACAGCCUGAUGGACGAUUUGUCACAGAUUAAAGCGAAGUCUGUGACUUUACCACAAAGUCAGAUAAACGUGUUGGUGAUCUGUGGCGAGCAUAGAGCCCUCAGGUUCAUCAUCACAUCAGCUGGCCCGACUUCACCAACCCUGCAGUCACCGUUGAUCAGUAGGUUUUCCUCGUCAUCGAGACCGAAGGUUAGAAAGAAAUCCUACCAUCAGAACAUGGGAAACCAGCGAGCUAGCACCCUGACAUGGUUAAUGAAAUCUGUGUGUGUGUUGGUGCUGGUCAGUUAUCAUAACAGUGUUUUAGCCUGGGAGAUUUUAGAGAUUCGGUCCUUGGUGUUAACACAGGUGUGAACGCUGUCUGACCUCUCAGGUCAUUUCUGUCACAAAACAAGCAGCCUCUCGUUGGAUCUUCAGUUUUCUCUUUAUAUUUGUACAAUUAAAAUCACAGUUUUAACAAAAUAGAAAAUAAAUAACAUCAACAAUACGAAGAGAAAUGCAUCGCGUGACCGGUCCGCUGAAGACGGAGGCAUCUCCUGUUUGGAACCUGUGGUCUUCGCCUCCAUCUACAACACCAGCAUUCCCAUGAAGCACUGCAGGAAGCGUCUGCCUCACAACAUGGGCUGCUUUUUUGCACCUGGGAUUUCCUCCCGCCCCCCUUCCUGAAUGGACCAACCACAGAUGAGCCCAGUGGCCUCCUGCAGCUAAUCAGGAGCCACAGACAGUGGUGAGGUCAAAAGUGAGAGGUCGCAGAGGUCAGCAGCAGCAGCAGCAACGCCCAGGUAGGCAGCCCCGGUGUGUGUCUGUGUGUGUGUGAUACUAACAGGGCCUGUUAUAAAUUUGUAAAAAAAAACCAGAUGUGGCGACCAUAAACGCCACACGUGAUGGCGGUGUACGUCUGACUUAAAGAAGAUAAAAUUCCAACUUCACCUGUGCGUUAUUCUUGGUCGUAAACAGUGAAACGUUCUCCACCCGCACAAACAAAACCUCCUGUGUGUCAUUUUUAACACCACCUCCUUGUGGUCUCUGCGACACAAGGCAGACACAAUGUUCAUUUAUUACAACACAAACGUCCACCUGCAGCUUUGCA